AUGCGACUAACGGUUCCCGCCAUUUUGUUCCUUCUGGCCGUCUUGUUUUGCGUCGCUAGUGGGCAGUACCCGCGUCUUCGUCGCCCGGAGCGCUUCGACACCGCCGAGCAGAUAUCCAACUAUCUAAAAGAGCUGCAAGAGUAUUACUCCGUGCACGGCAGAGGAAGAUAUGGCAAACGGCAGAUGCACAUAGCAGACGCUUCCGUCACCUUCAGGGAGGCACCGGUAUACGAACACAUAAUGGAUCAAGACGGUAUCUUUAAAAACCUCGGGUACAAUAAG